UAGGGGACAACCGAAUUCAAACAAUAAUCAGUCGCCAGCCGUUGCUCACAGUGAUCGGAAGCUCGCAGUUUUCAUUGCAGGACAUCCAAUCGCCGCUAAAGUUCGAUCCGGGCGUGACAAAUUUCAGCCACAAUGGAGGUCGACUGUGUUGUGUACAGCAACUGUAAGAAUCCCUCUAAGUACGAACCUUAUCGCUGCACGCUGAGUGACAAACUACGCAAAAUCGCCAAGGCAGAGCUUCGAGAAGAUGACAAAGUGCGUGAACAAGCCCUGGCCCAGAUGCGAGAAUGGAUCGCAAAGAAUCCUCACAUUAAAAAGUGUCGCACGGAUCCGUUGUUCCUGCUGCGUUUCCUGCGAACAAAAAAGUUCUCCAUAAAUCAGUCUUGUGAAAUGCUGGAAAAGUACCUCUCCAUUCGACAGACCUACCCGAAAUGGUUCCGAAACUGUGAUAUAGAGGACCCAGAAAUGGAGGCUCUCAUUGACGGCGGAUAUCUGGUGCCGAUUCCACAACGGGAUGCCAACGGCCAACAGCUUAUACUCUCCGUCGCCGGUAACCUGGACCUCAAUCGAGUGAAUUCGGCCCUUCUGGCGAGGGCCCAUUUCCUGGUGCAAGAAGUGCUCGCAGACGAUGAGGAGGCGCAAAUUUGCGGCUAUGUGCAGUGCAUCGACGAACGGCAGCUGUCGAUGAAGCUGAUGGGGCUGUGGUCGCUGAUCGAUAUCAAGAAGGUGGCCGAAAGCAUACAGCACGGUAUUCCCACCCGGAUGAGAUCGUUCAACUUUAUCGGGCUGCCCUCGUCGGCAGUGACGCUGUUGGAGUUUUGCGUGUCGCUGCUGAGCGAGAAGCUGAAGAAGCGAAUCAAUCUCUUCCGCACCGUGAGCGACUUCUCCGCCAAGGCGAACAAAAGCAUCCUCCCGAACGAAUACGGUGGCACAGCCGGCCCCCUGUCCGGUAUGAUUGCUCAGUUCAAGGAGCGCUGUCGGGUCAAGAGGGCCCAACUGCUGGCCAUGGACGAAAUGCAAAUCGAAAUCACAAAAUCUUCCUCCUUCUACACCGAUACGUGCCGUGGCGAUUUGGACAGUGGCAUGAUCGGUAGCUUCCGAAAGCUGGAAGUUGAUUAGACGCGAAGCUGCUACCGCGCUUGGAAAGCGACUCAACGUUUCUCCUA